AUGGUUGAUAGUGUAAAAUACGAGAAACGACAACAGCUCGCCGGAUAUGCAUCCCGACGCAAUUGCGUAAAGGCAACGGGAUUAGCCGGAGAAAUUUUAAGAUCAGAUCGAGCGCUCAAAUUUGUGGAUCAAUUACUCGUAAAAGAUCUAAUUGCCACCAAUAGAUCUUUAAAUUCAGUUCAAUCCGCAAGUUUGCGCACAUCAAUUACGAAGAAGAUAGAACUUCGUAACCACCUAAUUGAAUACAUGACAAGAGUGCGAGACAGUAAUGAUCCCAGAAAGGUUAACGAGAUGUGUGAUGUAGUAUUACGAAAAGGCGCGGUAGAUCAUUCCAGCACGCAAUUUCCGCCAGAAUCGUUAAAUACUAUUUCUACUUCAUCACCGUUGCGCUUCACUUUAAAACCCUCUCGACCCUCACAAAAUCAUACUCAUUUUGGCACGCUUCUUGGUUCAAACCGCAGGCCUCAUCCGAUUUUACCACCGAUCGCGCUUAAUGGACCAAUACCGAACGGAUCGCGAAACAUCCAAUUUAAAAGUUCCCCUUUUUACAAUGUCUUGGAAAGGAUAUCUGAUUUAAGAGUGCUUCCGACUGCAGCAGAGAACGUUCGAAGUAGUGUAACCAUUCAUUUUCGCUUGAAUUAUGAUCAGGUUCAAAGGAUCCAACAAUCCAGGAGAACUUAUCAGAUUAGAUUGUUCGGUUGUUCUGAGCCGUCGGGGUCAGUUGCAAAUGAAUGUUUAGUUGAGUUUCCGCAACUAUGUGAAAUCAAGGUCAACGGAGAAAAUUUAUCAGUAAAUACUAGAGGAGUAAAAAAGAUGGUGGGUUCUGUGAAUCCAAUCGAUACGACGGUACUGUGUAAAGUAAAUCCCAGCUACGAAAACAAACUUGAAUUCACAUACGCGAAUACUAAUAAGCGAUAUAUUAUUAUGCUUCAAUUAAUUGAAAAAAUAUCGGUCGAUAGUAUAGUAGAAAAAGUAAAGAACGGGAAGUUCGUGCCCAAGGAUGAAGUUUUGCGAAAUUGGCGGGAAACCGGCGAAGACGAUAUAGUGGUUGGGUCGAGCACAAUCUCUCUAAAAGAUCCUUGCUUUGAUGCAUACCUCUUCUUCCAGCUAAACGAGCAAGUGCCCACAUGGACGUGCCCGGUUUGUAAUAUUUCAAUUGGAUCUUGGGAAGAUAUUGUAGUGGAUGGGUACUUCACGGACAUACUAAAGAACACUCCACAAGAACAAGAAACUGUGUCCAUAGAUCCUAACGGUAUUUGGACCAUUCCGAAGAAAACGAUCGAUGAGACAAGGUUCUCUCCCACGACAAAUCAUAUCUCCCAAAAAACUCUAGACCCGCCACCACAAGAUAUAUACAUUAUAGAUUCAUCAGAUGAAGAAAAACCUAUUAAAAAGAAACAGUUACAAAAAACCUUUGAUAAUAAAGAGAUUAUCGACCUCACUUUAAGUAGUGAUGAGGAAGAACCCCCUAAAACCUUCAAAGAUAGACCCACAGGUACUACUACUGUUAACUAUCCUGUUAAGAUAGAAAAUAAACAGGAAAUUUUAGUACAACCCAUACCUUUAAGUGUAUCAUAUUCCACCCAAAAUCCUCAAUCGUCGUCCUCAUCUUUUAAUAAUUAUACGGUUCCCCAAUACUAUCAUCAUCCAUACGAAACGCCUGUAGAUGCUAAAUCUUCAAUUUAUUAUGAUAACCCUGAAUCCACUUUAAUUAACACCCCUGGCUCUCUAGGAGAAAGUUACGAAUAUUUCAUGAGUCAUGAUUUCGACAG